UCGGAGCGUUUUCAACAUUUUCAUAAGUAUGCUCAAACAUAUAAUAUGCAAUUUGAUGCAUUAUCACAUGAAAUCGAGAGCUAUGGAAUAACAAGAAAAAAUAUUCUUUUGCGAAUCAAGGUCAACACAAAGAACAUUUAUGGGCUACCAUAACGGUUAACUGCUAUGCUUAAUCAAUAUUUUCUGAAACAUUAAUCAUCAGUACACUCAAUACCUAUCAGUGAAUCGGGGUUAGGUCCCGAACACCAGGGAAGGGAGAUGAUGAAAGGAAGUAUUCUAUAGUUGAGUCCCGGAUUAUUUCAGGUUGUUCACGAUCAAUUAUCGACCACGGGUGUGGAUGAAAAUGUUUUUUCGCUCAUAUGAUGAAACUUAUAAAUGUUAAUAAUAAGAUCCAACCAGCGUAAUAAAGCCAAAUACAUUCAGUUGAUAAUGGGAUCCGUUUAGGGUAGAAAUGUUAAUUUCGAGAUCCGAUUCAGGUGCCGCCCUCCGCACCAAUUGCAAUAGUAUAUCCGCUCGGUCGUAGAUCUGAAAAAUAAUAAUCGCCGAAUUCGUUUUAACAGUAGACAAUUGAACGGAUAACGCGACAGAAGUCUAUCGGCGGCGGUGGUGGUGGCGGCGGCGGCGGUGGCUGCGGCGAUGGUGGUGACGGCGGCGGAGUGACGUGUGUGGCAUCAUUCAUGGACGUCAAAGUGGUGUACGUUAACCCGAACGGGACGCUAUCCGUGCUGCCGGACCCCGCGGCGGACGCCGUAUCCUUAUUGCGCCCGUCUUCCGUGUCGUUGGCCGCGGCGUACCUGACGCUCUCGUCCGCGGCCAUCGCGUCCAACGUGAUGGUGCUCAUCGGCAUUGUGACCACGGACAAGCUGCGGUCACCGUACGCCGUGCUGGUGUCCGCGCUGUGCUUGCAAUGCGCCAUGGACGCCGCGGUCGGCCACUACGCCGUGACCAGAGACCUGAUGGUCGGCGGCGGCGGGGGCGGCGCCGUCCUGUGCCGCGGCGUGGCCACCGUCACGGCGGCCCUGUCCACCGUCCAGCUGGUCACGUUCGCCGUGCUCGCGUGCUUCAACGCGUUCGUCCGAGCCGACUACGACGAGCUGCCGCUGCCCGCCGCCGCCACGAUGUGGUCCGCGCCCUCCAUGUACACGUACGUCAUACUCACGCCCACGUUACUCUUUAACGCGCGGUACUUUCCGUCCAGAAGUCGGUGCGGAUUUAUCACGAACACAACUGGAUGGUUUUACCCUACUUUAUUGAUUGUCUUCAGUUUUAUGAUACCGUGGUCGAUAUCGUUUUAUUUCGUAUUUGUAUCACGUCCUUCGACGACUCUUAAAUCUGCCAAUAUUUUACUCACAUCUGCCCAAAGAAAGAAACAAAUCGAUCUCGUUCCGUGCAAAUUGAUUUUUAUGUCGUUCACGAUCCUUGUGACGCCGAGUUUCAUCUCGUCGUGCGUUUAUAUCUAUAGUAAACCGAAUGAAAAUGUUUGGACCGAAAACGAAGCAGCGGAAGAUAUGCUGGACGGUUAUCUAUCUAAAUUGCCCAUUUUGUUUGAUCUAAUUGUACCGCUGAUUGUAAUAUAUUACCAUAAAGUGUUCAGGAAAAAAUGUAGGGAGCUUUACUUGCACGGGUUUCGAAAUUCCGUCUCGGAUGGCCGUCAAAUUUCUAUCGAAAGACUGAAGCGAUCUAAAGUAAACGAGUGUCUGGCGGACGACGCGCCCGUACUAUUCCUGGAACAAUCUGGCGUCAUAAACGUGAGAGUUCCGAGCGAAGGCGGGUUCUUGAUAAAGGUGUGCGAUUUAAAUCAAGAAGAAAAUAAUAUUAAUGGGAAGAAAGCAGUGCGAUUCUCCAAACGAGUGAACACAGUUCCAAACGAAAGUGGCGUCUACAGCACAAAAGAACCAAAAGAUGAGGAAACAAGUCUAUAGAGAAGGCACUGAAAAACUUAUAAAAUCGAAUAAUUUAUAAUAAAAUAUUUUUAUCUGAAUAAUAUUAUCUCAAUGUCAGAUAAUUUAACGUUUUUUCAAUAGUGUAAAAACCAGAUGGAGAGGAGGGGUGUAUAAUAUUCGCUUUAAAAUGUUCGGUUAAACUUAAUGUUUUACAUAAUGUAAAAUACAUUACUAUAUUACCUCUGCGUUCGCUGUAGAUAAUUAAUUUAAUUAAUGUUUCUUAUAAAUGUAUUGUUCUAUUUACCAUAGUAAGACGUUUCUAAAGUAAUUGUUAUCUGUCAACGACCAUGCUUAAGGGUAAACAUUUUCAAUAAAAGAAAUCAGUACCUAUAAAUAAUAUCACUGUAGAAAGCAAUGGUUAUUAAUUACUCGUGCCGUCAACUAACUAAAAUAAUAACUAACAGUUAUUACAUUAACAUUCAUGUAAUCUAGAGUAGUAUGUUAUUUUUGAUACUCAUGGUCGUUUAAUGUAGUUAAGAGGAGGAUGUAACAAUACAUUUAGUGGUCAUAACCAAUACCCGGUCGAUGGAUGAGUAAUUGUUUUUAUGUACGCCACUGGUUUUAAGACAAAAGUAUACAAUUAAAUACUACAUUUACUAUUGAUUCUUUGCAUUUACCAUACUUGAAAUACAAAAUCAAAAUUUAACCACUAGAAAAA